AUGGCUGGUCGGCAGAGAUUCUCCAGCAACAGAGGGCGAGUGCUGCUUUGCUUUCUCUUAGGGACCCUGUGGGAUGUCGGGUCCGGGCAGAUCCGCUACUCGAUGCCCGAGGAGAUGGAGAAGGGAUCUUUUGUGGGCGACAUCGCCAAGGACCUUGGGCUGGAGCCGCACAAGCUGUCGGAGCGCGGAGCCCGCAUAGUCUCCAGAGGUAAAAAACAAUAUUUUGCUCUGAAUGUAAAAAGCGGCAGCUUAGUUACAGCGGACAGAAUAGAUAGGGAGGAGCUGUGUGGGAAGGCAUCUGUGUGCACUGUAAAGACAGAGAUUCUACUAGAAGACAAAGUGAAAAUUUAUGAAGUAGAAGUGGAAAUAAUUGAUGUUAAUGAUAACAUCCCCAGCUUUGGAACAGAAGAAAGGGAAAUUAAAAUCAGAGAAAACACACUGCCAGGAAAAAAAUUUCCCCUUCCGGAAGCCUUUGAUCUAGACGUGGGAGUGAAUUCAGUGCAGAAAUACAGACUAAGCCCGAACCAUCACUUCUCUCUGCACGUACAAACCGGAAGAGAUGAUGCCAAGUAUCCUGAGAUGGUGCUGGAACAGACCCUGGACAGGGAAGAGAUAUCCAUUCAUCACCUUACCCUCACUGCCUCUGACGGAGGAAAUCCAUCUCGUUCUGCCACUGUGCUCAUCCUAGUGAUUGUCCUUGAUGCAAAUGACAAUGCUCCGGUGUUUACUCAGUUCCAAUACAGCGUGAGUGUUCCUGAGAAUGUGCCAGUGGGUACGUGUCUGCUCAGGGUGAAUGCCACAGACCCGGAUGAAGGAAUGAAUGGGGAUGUUUCUUAUUAUUUCCGGAAAAUUACCGAGAAAACCUCGCAACUAUUCGAACUGAAUUCUUUGACUGGGGAUAUAACAGUAUUGGGAAACCUAGAUUAUGAAGAAUGCAAUUUCUAUGAUAUAGAUAUUGAAGCUCAAGAUGGGGCUGGACUUCUGGACAGAGCCAAAGUUCUAGUCACAAUACUGGAUGUGAAUGACAAUGCUCCCGAAAUGACUGUGGCAUCUGUGUUCAGUCCAGUUCUAGAAAAUUCCGAAUCUGGCACUGUAGUUGCGUUUCUGAAAAUCCGUGACAGAGACUCAGGAGAAAAUGGCGAGGUUAUCUGUUAUCUUCAAGGAAAUAUCCCCUUUCAGUUAGAAUCCUCUUCUAAGAAUUUCUACAAGGUGCUGACAGACGGAGCUCUGGACCGUGAGCAGACCCCGGAGUAUAACAUCACUGUGAUUGCCACUGACAAAGGAAUCCCUCCUCUAUCCACCAAUAAAACCUUCAUUCUGCAUAUAGCAGACGUCAAUGACAACGCCCCCGUUUUCCUCCAACCUUCCUAUGUGGCUUAUGUUCCCGAGAACAAUCCUUCAGGUGCAUCUAUUUCCUGUGUCUCGGCAGUGGACCCAGACCUGGAGCAAAACGGUCGCUUAUCCUACUCCGUUGUCAGCAGUGACCUGGCCCCUCUGCCUCUCUCCUCCUAUGUGUCGGUCAGCGUCCCCAGUGGGGAAAUCUUCGCUCAGCGCUCUUUCGACUAUGAGCAGGUCAGCACCUUCGAACUGAUGCUGCAAGCCUGUGACGCUGGCUCCCCUGCCCUCUGCGACAAUGUCACCCUACGAGUGUUCAUAGUAGAUCGAAAUGACAAUGCCCCAAUUAUCCUCUAUCCGGCUUUGGAAGCUGAAGGCUCAGCCCUCUUUGACACCGUUCCUCGAUCAGCCGAAACCGGCUAUCUGGUCACCAAGGUGGUGGCUGUGGACUCUGACUCAGGACACAAUGCCUGGCUGGCCUACCGCGUGCUGCAGGCCACAGAUCCGGGGCUCUUCAGCCUGGGACUACGCACCGGAGAGGUUAGGACAGCGCGAGCUUUGGCUGACCGAGACUCUGCUCGGCACCGCCUGCUAAUCUCUGUGCAGGAUGGAGGCCAGCCCCCUCUCUCAGCCACUGUGACUCUUCAUCUGAUCUUUGCAGACAGUGUGCAGGAGGCUUUGCCAGAGAUGAAGGAGGAGCACUCAGAGAUACCAGACCCUCAGUCUGAACUACAAUUUUACCUUAUAGUAGCUUUAGCUUUAAUUUCCAUAUUGUUCCUGUUCAGCGUCAUACUGGCUACUGUCCUGUGCCUUCGAAAAUCCUCCAGUUCCAAGGUAUUAGGUUGUUUUCGGACAGAUCUUUGCUCUCAUCCUUCACCUGGAAGAAUCCCAAACUACAGCGAGGGUACUUUACCAUAUUCUUAUAAUCUGUGUGUGGCCUCCCAAUUGGGGAAAAUGGAAUAUAAUUUUCUCAAAUUGACUGGAGAUAUGUCUACUCCACAAGAUCUCCUCUUUAAUGAUAGUUCCAGUGGCCUGAAUAACAGUACCGGGGAAUCCAAAAUAAUUUCUGAUUUUCUCAUUUCUUCUCACGCCUCAGGGCGCCGCUGUUUACCAAUCAGGGAAAAUGAGAAAUGCAGUGAGAACUUCAGUCCUUCGUUCUCCGGUUUAAACUACACAAAGCCCCAGAAGCUUGCUCGCUUUCAGGGGCUGGACAGAUCAGCUGAGAUUCUGGCAAGUGCUGUUACUCACUUCUCAGGGGACAUAAGAGUUCAUCCGGACGAAGAGACUGAACAGAUACAGAAAAUUUCUUAG